GCCACUGCCGCCGCCACCCACGGCGAUUUAUCCACCUUACGGGUAUGCAACUUACCCAACUGAUUAUGGUUAUAACCAGACAAUGUAUAAUCAGCAAGUCCAGCAAACGCAGCAGUAUUAUAAUCAGGUGUAUGCGGGUUCACCAUCAUCAACAAUGGGCGCACCAUAUUACUAUGGAUACUCAAUGCACGCACCACGGGGCGGCACCUUUUCCAUACCCGGCCAGGCAACGGCGGCGGCGCAGCGUUUCCAAGGACCUUCUUAUCUUUACUAUCCUGCGCAGGUGGACCCCACCUCCUCUUCCACCUACACUCCUCCUCCACCACCACCACCUCCUUUAGUACUCCGACCAACAACAAGACUCUCCUUUCCGCCGCCCUCCACCACCUCCGGAGAAUCAGGUGUUCCAAUUCAAACUCCAACAGAAACAGAAGCUGGCCCUGCUACUUCAACAAGUCCUUCUGCUUAGAACAACGAAUUCGGCCAAUCAAACAUGGAAAAAGAAAAAUUUAUUCGGAAAACUAAAUUAAUUUUCUGUUCUCUUCCUCUAUCUUGUAACCAUUUUUUUUCCUCCCUCGGUUUUCUGAAGUCGAUGAUGGUUCAUAUUAACAAAGAAUUCUUGAAAGCCAAUAUUUUUUUAUUUACCUAAAUUGAUGUAUUAAUCGUAUGGGGAAGAAUAAACUCUCCCCUCCUUAAAAUAAUUACAUGGAUAUAUAUAUUUGCACGUACGCGUUUACCUUCCUUUUA